UUCCACCUCUAAUAAAAACCAGACUUUAAUAACCCUAAACCUUCCAACCUAUGCUCCAAACCCAAACUUAGUUCAAACUUACCAAAUUCUCAAAAUCCAAAAACCCAAAACAGCUGAAAUUUCAGGAAGACUAGCACUGGUGAGAUAGAGCAGUAGAGGAAUGGGUGAAUGGGAAGGAAUUGGGAGAUGUUUUGUAGAGGGAGAUUAGGAAGAGAAUUAAGGGAGUUGGGGUGGGGGUUGGAUGAGGAGUGAGGGGUUUUGGGGGUAGGUGAGAGGGGGUCAAUGGGGUUGGAUUUUGGAGUAAGGGGUUUUUUAAUGAAGAAAUAG